UAAAAUACCAGUUGAUGAAUCAGUACGUGGCUGCAUUUGAAACCGAUUGGAACUUAUUUAAUUAUUGUAUACAAAAAAAAAAAACUUGUUGAAAAAUGUUAUUAAACUUUCUAAAUUAAAAUUGUAUAUGAUUUUUUUUUUUUUUAAAAGUAUUAUGCGAUUUUAAACAAAUUAAUUUAUUAUGGAUAGCCAAAAAUCGGUAGAAAUAAUGGGAAGAGAUAAUAUUGGUAUUUAUAAUAGAAAUAAUAAAAAAAAUAGUGGUACAACAAAUACAAAUGCAAUAACAAAAAAUGAAAGAGUUGAACGUACAGUAAGCCAAAAACCAGAUUUAAUAAAAUCAACAUUCAAACAAAUAUUUAAUUUUAAUAAAACAGAAAUCUCAAAUUCUAAUAAAGAAAAUAAUUUAAUUUUAAAUGAAAGUGACAAUGAAAUUUCAAUAAAUUCUAAUACAGAUGAUAAAAUUAAUAAUUAUUAUAAAACAAAUAUGAAACGAAAUAGUAAAAUAAAAGAAAUAUCACGAUCAAAACAUGGUGCUAAAAAUAAUUUAAAUAAUUAUAAUAAUAUUAUUUUAAAUAAUAAUGAUAAUACUGAUGAUGAUAGUGACAGUAUCGAUCAUAAUUAUAUUAAUGAUGAUAUUGAUAUUGAUGAAUAUUUAACAAAAAAUAAAUCAACAAAUGAUAAUAAUAAUGGUAAAAUGGAAUAUAAUAAAUCCCACCAUCAAACAACAAAUUCAAUACAAUCAAAUGUGUUGAAAAAUAAUGAAGAAAAUUUCAAUUCACCAAAUAAUAAUGUUUAUAAAAAUAACAAAAGAAAAAAUCACUGCCAUAUUAAUGGUGAAAAUAUUGAAAAUAUUUGCAAAGAUGAAAAAAGAAAUUUUACUAUUAAUAUUCAAAUUGAUUUAGUGAGCUCACUAUUAUUUAUUGUGGCACUAUUAACAAGACUGUACAGAUUAUCAACACCAAAUAAUAUUGUAUUUGAUGAACUACAUUAUGGCAAAUAUGUUUCACUUUAUAUGAAAAAUACAUUUUUUUUCGAUCAACAUCCACCAUUCGGAAAACAAUUAAUAGCUGGUCUUGCCCAUAUGAUUGGUUAUAAUGGAAAUUAUACAUUUUCUCGAAUUGGUGCUGAAUAUACUAAAAAUGUACCAAUAUUUUGGUUAAGAUUAUUACCAGCACUUUGUGGAAGUUUACUAUCACCUGUUACUUAUGAAGUUUUAUUAGAAAUGAAAUUAAAUCGUUGGACAGCUUUAUUAGGUGGACUUCUAAUAAUAUUUGAUAAUUCUCUUUUGACACAGUCCCGAUUCAUUUUAAUGGAAUCCAUGUUACUAUUAUUUUCGACAAUUGGAAUUUUAUAUCUUUUACGAUUUCAAAAAUCCAAAUUUGCUUCGUCGGCAUGGCUUUAUUAUGGUGCUUUAUCAGCAGUAUUUUUAACAUUUGCAUUUAGCGUAAAAUUUUCUGGUUUUUAUUCUUGUAUUCUGGCUUUUCUUAUAAUGACAAAAUAUUUAUGGAAUUUAUUACACGAUUCGACAAUAUCAGAUUAUCAAAUUUUUCUUCAAACGAUCACAAGAUGGAUGAUAUUUACAAUAAUUCCCAUCGCAUUAUACUUAUUAAUUUUUUAUGUUCAUUUAAAUACUUUAUAUAAGGCUGGGCCUCAUGAUAAUAUAAUGACAAGUGCAUUUCAAGCAUCACUUGAUGGUGGUUUGGCAUCUAUAACAAAAGGUCAACCACUUAAAAUUGCUCAUGGUUCACAAAUAACAUUGCGGCAUACAUAUGGUCGUACAUGUUGGUUACAUUCUCACAUACAUCUUUAUCCAAUUACAUAUAGUAAUACUAGAGGUUCAAGUCAUCAACAACAAGUAACAUGUUAUAGUUUUAAAGAUGUUAAUAAUUGGUGGAUUGUAAAACGACCUGAUCGUGAUGAUUUAGUUGUUGGUGAUGAUCCAGAUGUCAUUAAACAUGGUGAUAUAAUACAAUUAGUUCAUGGAAUUACUAGUAGAGGAUUGAAUAGUCAUGAUGUUGCAGCUCCAAUGACACCAACAAGUCAAGAAGUUUCAUGUUAUAUUGAUCAUAAUAUUUCGAUGGCAGCGGAAAUGUUAUGGAAAGUUCAUAUUGUUAAUAGACAAUCGGAAGGUGAUACAUGGCAUGCGAUACGUUCAGAGGUUCGUUUGAUACAUGUUACAUCAAAACGAUUGCUAAGAUUCAGUGGUAAACAGCUUCCUGAAUGGGGUUUUAAUCAACAUGAAAUAGUUGCCGAUUCAGAUGAAGAACAUCAAGAUACCGUUUGGAAUGUUGAAGAACAUCGUUAUACAAAAUCACAAGAUCAAAAAGAACGUGAAAGGCAACUAUUAAAAGCUGAAAUGAUACCAACUAAAAAAGUUUUUAUGUCAUUUUGGAAGAAAUUUAUUGAAUUACAUAAUAAAAUGUUAUGGUAUACAGACCAAAUAUCAUCUCAUAUGUAUAGUUCUGAUGUAUUAGAUUGGCCAUUUUUAAAUAAAGGUAUAGCAUAUUGGAUUGAUCGAGAUUCAAAUGGUCAAAUACAUUUAUUGGGAAAUAUUUUAAUUUGGUAUUCUGGUACAAUCAGUAUAUUUAUAUAUUGUACAUUAUUAGGAUUAUAUUUAAUACGAAGAAGAAGAUUAUGUUAUGAUUUACCAGAAAUAGAAUGGUUAAAAUUUACAACAGUUGGUGAAAUAUUUCUCGGUGGUUACAUUUUAAAUUAUUUACCAUAUUUUUUUGUUGAUCGUACAUUAUUUUUACAUAAUUACUUGCCAGCAUUUUUAUUUAAAUUAUUAUUAUUAUGUUAUGUUAUUGAACAUAUACAUUUUAUUAUUAAAAAAUUUAUAAAAAUUAAAAUUUUUAUUCAUUUGUAUAAGAUUUUUAUUUUAGUAUGGUUAAUUGGUAUUUUUUAUAUUUAUGUAAAAUAUUUAUCAAUUAGUUAUGGCAUACAAAAAUUAACAACUGAUGAUAUUAUUAAAUUAAGAUGGAAAGAUACUUGGGAUUUUAUACUUAGAAAGGAUUUAGAAUAA